GGAGGAAGCGUGCGAACAUCGGCAAUUAACAUGUGCAUAAUAAUUGCGCCCUGAAGGAUUUACCACGUGGAUGCGACUGAUAUCCAAAACAAAAAUUCCAUCAUCCCGUUACGGAUACUCUAACUAACCCUUAUGGAAAUUAAAUACUAAGCUAAUCAAAAUGUCUGGAGCGAAUCCCCCUCGAAGCGUUACGCCAAACGCGCAGCAGGACUACGAUGUUACGCGUAUGCGAGAGGAAGACUUCGAGCGGCUGGCCGUCUACAUCGUGCCGGAUAUGCCCUGCGAGAAGGGUGUACCGGGCCGGGCGGAGAAGACACUUCCCCGCAGCCUGACGCUCAAGCCCUCCCUCGUCCUAUCGACGCCCACAUCCACGACUGAAGGAGUGUGGAGUACGGGCGUCAUCCCUCGGGGUACCAGAUUUGGUCCGUUCGAGGGUGUCCGCACACCGAGCCAUCCCAGUGAUAAACAGCUAUGGCGAUACUUCUGGCGGGUGCAGGAACUACGACACGUUUCCUAUGGGAAUAUCAAGAUAUUCAAGGACAGUGAUUUCUAUUAUCUGGACGGCUCCGACACGGCCCAGUCCAACUGGAUGCGAUAUGUAGCGUCCGCGUACAGCUUCUCGGUGAUGAAUUUGGUCGCGUGUCAGCAUCAGGAACACAUCUACUUCUACACGAUACGCGACAUCAUGCCGAACGAGGAGCUGAUGGUGUGGUACUGUCGCGACUUUGCUAAGCGGCUCGGCUACGACAUCGAUCCGGAGCGUGCAACCUACUCCAUCUGCCGCGAGGAGGUUGUGAAGAAGACGUACAAACAGCCCGUCCCACCGGAGGUGGCAUACAAUCAUGUGAAGCACGUGAUGGGCCUAUACCUGCCGGCGAUGGUGCGCAGUACGCCAACGCCGAGUCCUUCACCGCCGGCCCCACCAACCAGUGGUCAUGUUCCUUCCGCCAAGCACCACGCACUGCACCAGACGGUACUGAGAGAGCCCCGGAAUGGGAGUUCUGUGGCGGUUGGUGCUACUGUCUCUGUGAUUGGUGAAGAUUCUCUACGGGAUCGAUCCCCCAUUCGCAUUGUGAUCCGAGAGCAGAGUCCGCUUCUGCGGGAAAGCGUUAAGGAGGUGGACGCCGACUCACCGAUCUCGCAAACGAAAGAGACCGCAUACGAACAUCAGCUGACACCGAACGAUGGGUCGGUAAGGUCGGAUGAGGGCUACCACAGCAAUGGGUACCAUGAGGAUGGGUUCACACCACCGGAGGACUCGAGUGAUAGCGAGAGCGAACACAACUACGUGCUCGACUGCUCGAAGAAGGCGAUCGAGCCGAAGGAGACGAGCGUGGGCCAGCACAAGGUUAGCACGACCGAGCCUUGUGACAAGAAUGAAUAUCGGAAGGUAAAAAUGAAGAUGCCGCUAAAGUACGAGUUCAAGAACAAUAGCAAAAACUUCAAGGUGGAGCCGGAAAUGGAAAUGGCAACCGAGCGAGAGGUUGAGACGGUAGCCCAGUCGAUUGGCCCUGUUAGUGCGGAACCAAUUGGACCCGGAAUGCGUGAGGUGACGCCUGCUACCAGUACCGUGAUUGUGUUGGACACAACGCCCGAAACGGUUGUGGUACCACUGACGAAGAGCUACUACGAGGCAGAACCAACGUCAACCUCACCGGCAACGUUCAUUCGCUACACUCCGCCCAGUUCGAGCUCGAUCCUCGAAACUAUCCUGACCGGUAGUAAUCGCGCACCGUCGGCAGAUGAUCCGCACCGUCGGCAACCGAACGCUACACCACCUCCAACGUCCCCAACCGAGAUGGCCUACUCGUACAAGAAGUCGCAAAGGUAUGGAACCGCCUGUAGUCCGGACUCGAGCUCCCAGAAUCCGGCACCGGAGCCUACCGAGCCCACCUCCCGAUCUCAGACUUCGCUCGAGCAGGAGCCCAAGGAGGCGGAACAUGCGGAACUCACCCAUCACCACCAUCCGCAUCAUCAUCAUCUCACCCAUCAUCACCCGCACCAUCAUCAUCUUCCUCAUCAUCUGCAUCAUGCGCAGCAAUCGCACCAGAGCAGCUACCAUCAUGGGCACGAUCGGCUGCACGAACGUGAAGAAGCUGGUGGUGCAUCUCCCUCGCCUUCUCCGCUCGUUUACGCGGGUGAGCAUCACCACCUGCACCCUCACCAUCAUAGCGCGCAUCAUCCGCAACACCUGCACAGGACACACUCGCCCGUACCGUACGAAUCGUCGGUACCGAGCUACAGCACCAGCAGCAGUAUUUACUCGGCCUCGAACGGUUCCGCCAGUGUGAUUAAUAGCGCUUCCAGUUCCACCUACAGUCCACCCCUGAACGGUGGACACUACGAGAGACUGACCACAUCGUCGACGACCCCUUUGCGCUCGGUAUCGCCGGGCGUUUCGAACGGUUCACCAGGCGGUCCCGCCCAACAGUCCGGGUUUGUGCAGCUUCAAUCCAAAGGUCAGCUACCUCUGGGACAUCCGCUCAUGCAGCCGCUUACCCCGCUCACCCACAUGUCACCGGGCCGUGUGUCUCCACCGAGCAGUCUCAGUCCGGACGGUGGUUCGUACUCGAGAAGCGGUAGUCCCAUGAGCCCCGGCAGUCCCAAUUCGCGCGGCUAUCGGAGCCUACCCUAUCCGUUGCGCAAGCGAGAUGGCAAGAUGCACUACGAGUGUAAUGUGUGCAGCAAGACGUUCGGUCAGCUGUCGAACCUGAAGGUUCACCUGCGGACACACUCGGGCGAAAGGCCGUUCAAGUGUAACGUGUGCACGAAAUCCUUCACGCAGCUCGCCCACCUGCAGAAGCACCAUCUGGUGCAUACGGGCGAAAAGCCCCACCAGUGUGACAUCUGCAAGAAGCGAUUCUCGUCCACGUCCAACCUGAAAACGCACCUACGGCUGCACAGUGGCCAGAAGCCGUACGCGUGCGAUCUGUGCCCGCAAAAGUUUACCCAGUUCGUGCAUCUGAAGCUGCACAAGCGGCUGCACACGAACGAUCGGCCGUACGUGUGCCAGGGCUGUGAUAAGAAGUACAUCAGUGCGUCCGGGUUGCGAACGCACUGGAAAACGACCAGCUGCAAACCGAACAAUCUGGAGGAGGAGUUGGCGAUGGCAGCGGCGGCCACCUCCGAGUGCUUAGAUAAAGAUGGCCAGCCGGAUGGGGAAGGUGGACGCGAUUUUUACGAAAUGUCUCACCUGCCCGCUUCACACCACGGUAGCCCGGGCGUGGUACAGACGGCAACGUCCACCUCCGCUCAACCACACCAUCCGCACACCGGUAUGGGUCAUCACCAUUCCGAACAGGUCAUACACAAGGUGUCGGCGGGCAAGAUUCAGCAACACUCAAACGGCACCAGCCCAAGCAGUAAUGGUGCAACGAGCAACAACAACAACAACAACAGUCCCAACAGUACGAACCACAAUCUACCGUCACCUCACCUGCACUAUGGUGGCCAUCUGGUGCAAACGUCCGCAAACGGUGGAACGAGCGGUGGUUCGGGCACUUCUGCGUCUCAGCACGAACCCACCAGCCGGCCGAGUGUGAUCGAGUCCAGCCAACCGAUGGUGAUCGAAUGUACGUAGCCCGGUGUGAUACGGCUCGUUACACCCCGCUCGUG